AUGGACACUCUUCGCCUUGCUUCCGUCUCCGACUGCUCGUUCCAGUCCUCCUUCCUCGCGCCUUCCUCCCAGGUCCUGAAAUCUCGCACGGGGGCUUCCACUGUCGCCGUCUCUCACGGUGUCUCGCGUCCGUCGCCUACAGUCGCCUCUCAGUUCAGCGACUCGCAGAGGCGUCGCUACAUUUCCCCGACCCGCCGCCCCGCUCCCGGCGCCGCCGCAGCCGCGCCGUCGUCCGGCACGCUCUAUCCUACGCUCGUUGGCCCCGCCAGCUACGAGACCGACGAUGAGGGCGCCGGGACGCCAACUUGCCCGUUCGAGGCGGACGCCGCCAGCCGCGUCAUCACGGUGAGCGCAUGGGAGGAGUUCGAUUCCCUCCUGGCGGCGGCAUCCGCGCGCGGCCAGCUCGUCGUGGUGGAAACCACCUUGUCUUCGCUCCCCAACACCGCGAAGAACUACCCCAAGCUUCAGCAGAUCGCGCGCGUCUCACCCGGUCGCACGCUAUUUCUGCGACUCAUGGCUGAUCGCAGCGACGUGCUGCGUGACCUGGCGAAGUCGCUAGGCGUGAAGCAGAUUCCGUCGUACUCGAUUUUCAGGGACGGGCAGAUGGUGCACGAGGAGCCUGGCAUGGAUGUGGAUAGGCUGCUGCUGCAACUGCAGUAUUACAGCAGCAGCGGGAGCAACCUCGGGAUGAACGCCGCGGAUAGAUCCGAGGGCGGUAGCGUGUACAGCGGAAGCACGGACACGGAGCAGGACGGGAAAGUGCUUGAGCUGAACGGUCGCGAGGAUUUCUAUGAGCUGCUGCGCCGGCACGAGAACGACGAUCGGUUGGUUGUGCUGAAAGCGACGCUGACGUUCUGUGGCCCGUGCGUGCGGAUUCAUCCGACGUUGGUGAAGCUCGCGCAGCGCAUGUCGGACACUGCGGUCUUUGCGCGUGUGUUUGGUGACAAUAACGAGUCGACGGUGACGCUUAUGCGGGAGCUGAAUAUUGUCGAGGCGCCCACAUUCUUGUUCUACAGGAGGGGGGAGCUGCUGGGGCGGCUAAGCUUACCUAGCUUUAAGCUUGUCCGUCCGCGCAUGGCUUUCGCUGGGUGGCUGCGCCGAGGCAGCAGCCACCGAAGGGCCGUAAGCGCGCUGAACUCCCCGCUUCCGCUUCAGCUACUUCGACAGCUCGCUCCUGCCGCCAUUGCCGCGAGCUACCUGGCGGAAGGCUUAGCGCAAGGUUCGCCUGCUGCGGAGAGUUUCCACAGCAGGGCUACAGGCGUGUGCGGAAGCGGAGGGUCCGCGGUGCAGUCUUCCGCCAGCCCGCCAGGCGGAUGGCGGCAUCUGGGGAAUCAGGGGGGCAGCGGGGAGGAGGAUUCGGACAAUGACCAUAGCGUGGACGUCACGCCGUGGGUCCGCAGUGUCGCCAGCGGGGUGGAUCUCCUGCGCAACCCCAAGUACAACAAGGGGCUGGCCUUCACAGAGGAGGAGCGCAACCGCCUUUACCUCAACGGGCUGCUGCCUGCUGGCUAUAUGAGCCAGGACCAUCAGGUUGACAGGGUGUUGGCGAAUCUGAAAGAGGCACAGUCGGACCUGCAGCGCUAUGUGCACCUCAUGGCGCUGCAGGAGCGCAACGAGCGGCUCUUCUAUCGCGUGCUGGUGGACCACGUUGAGCAGCUCAUGCCCAUCGUCUACACCCCCACAGUGGGCCUGGCGUGUGAGCGCUUUGGGCUGCUGUUCCGGCGGCCGCGGGGGCUGUUUGUGUCGCAGCGGGACCGCGGGCGGGUGAUGGAGCUGCUCAAGAACUGGCCGGAAAGACGCGUGCGGGCGAUUGUGGUCACUGAUGGGGAGAGAGUGCUUGGGCUUGGGGACCUGGGAGUGCAGGGCGGGCGGGUGAUGGAGCUGCUCAAGAACUGGCCUGAGAGACGCGUGCGGGCGAUUGUUGUCACCGAUGGGGAGAGAGUCCUUGGGCUUGGGGACCUUGGCGUGCAGGGCGGGCGAGUGAUGGAGCUGCUCAAGAACUGGCCUGAGAGACGCGUGCGGGCGAUUGUUGUCACCGAUGGGGAGAGAGUCCUUGGGCUUGGGGACCUUGGCGUGCAGGUGCGUUGCUUGGAUUGUCUGGGCGUGCGGGUGUGGGAAAGGCUGUUCUAUGUUGCAGAGGGACCGCGGGCGAGUCAUGGAGCUGCUGCUUAA